AUGAAGGAGGCUGAUGAUAUUUAUGUCCACUAUCUUAAAGAACCCAACCCGCAAACUGGUGGAAUGGUCGAUUUUCUCUGCAAAAACGCCACUGACGCAUGCGAUUCCGAACCCCCUCCGCUUCCUAAGGAUAGGACUCCCGGAGAAGCUUUCAUGCCCAAACCAUCUGAGGAGGCCGACGUGGAGAGGAAAGCGAAAUCAUCGACCGAGAGCACGCCGGGAGCGCCCCGCACGAACACAUACUUGAUGGACGAAUCGACAAACACGAAAAACUCCGGCGAGGAAGACAAAGACAAGGGUACCCACUCGCACUCGAAAUUGGUACGCGGAUCCUCGAAGGAGGCCCCCCUUCCUUCAGAGACCCGCAAGACGGAACUGUAAUGCCCGAGUGUCAGACAGCAAUGCUUGUGCCUUUAAGUUUAUAGUCUUUUAUGUCCAGCCACUGUAUCGUUAUGUAAUGCAUAAGGCCCUUUAGGAGCAGAAGAUUUCAGAGUCGUUCCGAGAAGAGCUCUUUGGCCAUA